AACGUACAGGGCUAGUGUGAAUGAGCUAGACAAUUUCUUGACUAAUUUAAGAAUCAUUAACAUCAUAUUCAGUGAUAUAUAUCUGAAAUAAUUAUAUAUCAGAUCCAUUAUCUAUUGGAUUUGUGUCAUUAAAGUGGUGUGAUACUGCUAAAAAAACUGCAGAUUGUUUGCCACCAUGGAAACUGGCCCGUUUUGGACGCUUUUCAUGAUAGAGCUUAUUUUUAUUCCGUGUACAAACUGUCAAGGUGCACAUGCUAUUAGACUACGUAACGGUGAAACGCAAUAUGAGGGUCGUGUUGAAGUACUCCACAAAGGAACAUGGGGUACAAUCUGUGAUGAUCAUACAGACAUAAACUUUGCCAAGGUCGUAUGUCGACAGCUCGGAUAUAAUACGGACAACGUGACGAAUGCCUAUUUCGGUGCAGGUAAUGGCCAGAUUUGGCUGCACAAUGUUACUUGUCGGGGGAACGAGACUGUGAUCGACUUGUGUAUGCUCAGACCAUGGGGACAGCAUUACUGUGGACAUGGAGACGAUGUCGGAGUUAUUUGUAGGGCGUGCUCUGUACCGGACGUAAAAGACGCUUCCAAAGAUUCUGGGGCAGCGAUUGCUUACACAACGAUAGUUACGUAUACAUGUGCAGUAGGUCACAUCCAUACUAAUGGCGAUUUAGUAAGGACAUGUCAGGAUGACGGCCAAUUGGACGGUAUUUCCCCAACUUGUACUCGAGUAACCUGCUCUGUACCGAACGUAGAUGGCGCGGUCAAGGAUAAUCGGGAUACGAUUGUUUACAACAUAACCGUAUCGUACUCAUGUGCAAGAGGCCACGUCCAUACUAAUGGCAGUUUAGUAAGAACAUGUCAAGCUGACGGCCAAUUGGAUGGUAUUUCACCAACUUGCACUCGAGGUUCAAGUGCUAUAAGACUACGUAAUGGUACAACGCAAUUAGAGGGUCGUGUUGAAGUACUUCACAAUGGAACAUGGGGUACGGUCUGUGGCGAUGGUAUUGACACAAACUUUGCCAAGGCCGUGUGUCGACAGCUAGGAUAUCCGGAAAAUUCGACGGUACGUUCGAGUGCCUAUUUCGGUGCAGGUAGUGGGCAAAUUUGGCUGAGCGAUGUUACUUGCCAAGGAUACGAGACUUUGAUCGACUUGUGUAUGUUUAGGACGUGGGACAAUCACAACUGCGGACAUAAUGAAGAUGUCGGAGUUACAUGCAGACCAAGUGCUAUCAGACUGCGUAACGGCUCAACGCAAUCAGAGGGUCGUUUAGAAGUCUUUCACAGUGGAACAUGGGGUACGAUCUGUGAUGAUGGUACAGACAUAAACUUUGCCAAGGUCGUAUGUCGACAGCUUGGAUAUGCUACGGACAAUGUUGUUGCUCCUAAGGUGGCCUAUUUUGGUGCAGGUAGUGGUCAGAUUAUGCUGGACGAUGUUUCUUGUCAAGGAGACGAGAUUGUGAUCGACUUGUGUAUGAUUAAUAGAUGGGGAUAUCACGACUGCUCACAUAAUGAAGAUGUCGGAGUAACAUGCAUAACCUGCUAUGUGCCGGACGUAGACGAUGCUUCCAAAGAUUCUGGGGCAACGAUUGCUUACAACGCGACAGUUAUGUACACAUGUGCAGUAGGCCACAUCAAUACUGAUGGCAAUUUAGUAAGAACAUGUCAAGCUGACGGCCAAUUAGAUGGUACUUCACCAACCUGUACUCGAGACUGUGGCACCGUACCAGUGGUGCCAAACAGCACGUAUACAGCUCAUAUAAACACACUCCUCGAUGCACGUGUAACGUACUCGUGUAAUUCUGGAUAUUCGGCGAGGGGUGCAGAGACCAUUGUAUGUUUGACAAAUGGUUGGACCAGACGACCAUUAUGUCAUCCAGUAACCUGCUAUGUGCCGGACGUAGACGAUGCUUCCAAAGAUUCUGGGGCAACGAUUGCUUACAACGCGACAGUUAUGUACACAUGUGCAGUAGGCCACAUCAAUACUGAUGGCAAUUUAGUAAGAACAUGUCAAGCUGACGGCCAAUUAGAUGGUACUUCACCAACCUGUACUCGAGACUGUGGCACCGUACCAGUGGUGCCAAACAGCACGUAUACAGCUCAUACAAACACACUCCUCGAUGCACGUGUAACGUACUCGUGUAAUUCUGGAUAUUCGGCGAGGGGUGCAGAGACCAUUGUAUGUUUGACAAAUGGUUGGACCAGACGACCAUUAUGUCAUCCAGUAACCUGCUAUGUGCCGGACGUAGACGAUGCUUCCAAAGAUUCUGGGGCAACGAUUGCUUACAACGCGACAGUUAUGUACACAUGUGCAGUAGGCCACAUCAAUACUGAUGGCAAUUUAGUAAGAACAUGUCAAGCUGACGGCCAAUUAGAUGGUACUUCACCAACCUGUACUCGAGACUGUGGCACCGUACCAGUGGUGCCAAACAGCACGUAUACAGCUCAUACAAACACACUCCUCGAUGCACGUGUAACGUACUCGUGUAAUUCUGGAUAUUCGGCGAGGGGUGCAGAGACCAUUGUAUGUUUGACAAAUGGUUGGACCAGACGACCAUUAUGUCAUCCAGUAACCUGCUCUGUACCGGACGUACAAGACGCUUCCAAAGAUUCUUGGGCAACGAUUGUUUACAACACGACAGUUACGUACAAAUGUGCAGGAGGCCACAUCCAUACAGAUGGCAAUUUAGUAAGGACAUGUCAAACUGACGGCCAAUUGGACGGUACUCUCCCAACUUGCACUCGAGAUUGCGGUACUGUACCAGCGGUGCCUUACAGCACGUAUACAACUCCCACAAAAACACUCAUCGGUACACGUGUAACGUACUCGUGUAAUUCUGGAUAUACGUCGUCGGGUGCAGAGAUUAUUUCAUGCUCGACAAGCGGUUGGACCACACCACCAGUCUGUCAUCCAGAUGUAGGCUAUGAUUGUUCGGACAUUACCUGCACUGACCCACAUGCUGUUUGCGAUGGUGACACCCUACUGUGUUCGUGUCCAACCGGGUACUUCGAUAGUAACGGAGCCACUUCUGGUGGGAAGUGCGAAGUCGAACCUACUACAGUAUCACUGCUGGUGAAAGUAGCUGUUCCAAUUGCAUGUGUGUUGGUUGUGAUUCUGGCUGUCACCACCGCAUACUUCAUCAAGCAACGAAGACAACGACGAGAGGCUGACCACGGAAAUAUUUACACAAGUGUCAGGGACAGAAAUGUCACAAGUCUGCAAACGUUCGCAAUUGCUCAAACAAAUACCGAUGAAGAUGAAUACGAGUCACUACAGCACUCACUCUACCAGAACACAGACACUAAUUGUGAACAAUGUAAUGUUUACGACGAGAUUUAAUUUCGUUGUCCUGAAAUUGUAAAUCGAUGUUUUUUACGAAGGACAAUGUGCAUGAAUAUUUUUCGCCAUGAUAAUUUCAUUUUAUUUUCAUAAUUGUUCAAAAUCAAAAUUGGUUUCACAUUUGAUUGUCCUACACUAUUACACAAAUAUUUAACGGGCUUUAUGAAAUAUUGGUUAAGAAUGGACCUAUAAGUCAUGUUAGAAUAGUUCAUUAUUAAAUGUGUUUAAAAUAUUAAGACGAUAAUUCAAAUUUGAAAUCACGGUUCAUCAAACAUUAGAAUAUAAUCCUGUGUGUAUGUAUCAUGAUGUCGGAGCUGUUAUUGUUGCAAUAUUACAUUGCUACAGAAACUGUAUUGCAUUUAAUGAGUCAGAUUAUGAAAUUCAUUUUAUUCAAGAAUGACAUUUGAAUGAAGAUUAUAAAAAAACAAUAAUUUCAAUUAAUUGCAUUACUCUAAUUGUCAGUUUAAAUAUAUAUGUUGUUGUUUACGCGUAUUAUGCCAUGGAAGUAAUGGAAAAAAUGUUUCAAUGUAUCAUGUAAUACUGACGUCAUUAAAAAGUAACGCUAUAAGAUAAAUUGAUGUGAGAGUUUUGCUGUGUGAUUUGCUCAUGCGAUUUAUAUUCAUUUUGUACAUUGACUAUAUUUUGAAAUAUGUUUGUCAUCAUUAAGUGUUUAAACACGGGCAUUUUGCCUUGAUAUGUUGUGUUAAUAAACUGUGCACUCGAUGAGAAAACACGCCCAAAAAACGUGAAAGAAUAUGCAAUAGCAUUGAAUUUGAAAGCGUUAUAACUUUCAUAAAAAUGUGUAAUUUCCGAAGCGUACAACAUUUUUUUUUCUAAAUUUUCACAAAUGAGUAACACAUGAUUUGCAUCAACCUAUAUUGUGCGCCUUUAGACUUUUAAAUAUUUUGAAAUCUUAAAAGAGCUAUUCACCAUUAUAUUAAUACCCAAUCUGUUACAAUUAUGAUAAUUAAUUGUUUCAUACCAUACCAUCCCUAGUACUUUUGCAAAAUGAUUAUGAAACAUCUUUCUUAACCAUUUUUACUUUCUUCUCACGUUAUACAUGUUCAUGUUGCAAAUAGUGCAGUUCUGAACGUUUUUUAUGUCUUGUGCUGUGCCAUUUUCGUUUUUUAAUAUACUGGUAUAUAUUUUUAAAGUGUUUUUUUUUUCUUUAGUAUUAAAAUUAUGCAUUCCAAAACAUCUGACUUAAAAUGUUAAGAUAACCUAAUCUCUUUCCAUUAUGCUACUAAGAUGUUUUAAACUAAACCGUUGUAUUAAUUUACACAAUAUCGUCUUAGCAUUAGGUAACUUCAACACUGUUGUUGAAAUGCAUUUAUAGCCGGUUCCCAUUGUUCAUUUGAUGUUUAUUUAAUCUGCUUAUGUUCCCGGUCUUGCAUCCAGUACUUUGCAUAUCUUUUUAAUAAAAUGUAUUGUACACGCUAUAAUAAACAUAUUUA